AUGGCAGUAGCAAGAAAAGAAGAUAUCUUCCGUUGGUGUAGAGAAAAGGAGAUAAAUGUGGAAAGCAGCUUUGGAUUAACUGGAAAUUUGACUGAUGCAAGUGAGGAUAGUAUUCUUAAUUCAGUCAAGUUUCUGUAUGGAGUCAGCGAUCCAUGUAUUGUGGAUAAAUGGAAAGGGUUAAAUGGUAAUAUCACUGCUGUGUUCAUUAACAAUAAGAACUUGCUAGACCCAGUGUUGCUUCCCAGUAUGGUGGUAGUGGAAGGAGUACCUGGGUGGAAAGUACAUGUGGUAUGGCCGGAAGGGCAAAGCAGCGGGACCGGCACAGAUAUCCCGUGUGAAGACUUCGGUACUGGGGAGCCCAAUCUAUUAGUUACUGGGGACACCGUCAUUCCACCAGUGGCUGAUACUGAGGUACCCCAUCAACGGGAAGAUGCACCUGAGAGUCAAGUGGAGACGGUAGUGGGCAAAAUGGUUAGUCAUUUAGAAAGAUGGCACUUCGAAGGGGGAUAUCGACGCCUUAGGAUAUUUUCCGGAAUCACCCCUAUUCCAGCGGGAGAGGAGACUUACGAAUUGUGGAGGGAGGCGGCCACCCAACAUUCAGAAGAAUGGCAAUGCCCUGACCAUGUCAAACGCCAGAGGGUGGUGGAAAGUCUGCGGGGGCCAGCUAUGGGAGUAAUCCAAGCUACCCGACGAAGCAACCCAACCGCCACUUUGAAAGACUAUCUGGAGGCAUUGGACUUUUCUUUUGGCACCAUGGAAGAUGUAGGGGAUUUGUUAGCUCAACUGAACCAUACUUAUCAAGAUAUGGGAGAAACCUUGACGCACUAUGUGUACCGGGUAGAUAGACUUAUUUAUAAAAUAGUGGACAAAGGGGGCAUCGAUAAAGAUACUGUGGAUAGUCGAAGAUUGACACAAGUACUAAAAGGAGCGUUGACUAACAAUCCGGUAGCACAAAGAUUAAGGUGCACCAUGUCGGCUGCCCGGGCCCCUACGUUGAACGAACUAGUUAGAGAAGUGAAAUUAGAGGAGGUACAAAUUGAGAAUAGGGAAAAAUCCAUCAAGAAGGUAAAAGUCGUGAUACCAGCUAAGGAAUCCCCCUCCAUGGAUGAAAGGUUGUUGAAGCUCAUGGAAGAACAGAAUAAGAAACUGGAACAGUUAAUAGCCCUUCAGACUGUUAAUACCUAUAAUCCGGUGCCUAUACAGGGAUUGGAUCGGGGAGGGAGGGCCAGAAGAGAGAACCGCCGUCCCAUAAUUUGCUAUAGCUGUGGACAAGCUGGCCACCGGUCAUUCGAAUGCCCGAUGACCGGAAACGGCACCUGGAGGAAUGGAAGUAACAGCAACUCUCAGAGGAUAAAUGUACCGUUGGAAAACUCCAACGGGAGUGCUGUGAACCCCUCACAGGCUCCCCAGUGA